AUGUUGCUACAGAGAAUAAUUACAAUUGUCAAAAGACUUGACAAUCCAAAGUAUCCUUUAUUAGCUCCAAAUGUUACAGGGCUUUAUUGGUUCGGCCUCUGGCAACGCGGGAACAAAUAUCGCGAUGCCCUCUUCAACUUUUUACAUUUUUGUUCCCUUGUUUUUGUCAUAAGUGAAUUCGUCGAACUGUACUUUAUGAGAAACGAUUUGAUGAAAGUUCUUUUCAAUAUCUCGGUCACUGCUUUGAGUCUCGUCUCGAUAAGUAAGACGGUGUUUUUUAUAUCAUACCUUACGUAUUGGAAAAGGCUUAUCGAAAACAUAUCGAGAGAAGAAAUUUCCGCGCUACAAAGUAAAGAUCCAAAAGUCGUUUAUUUAAUGGAACAGUAUAAGAAUUACUCCCGCAUCAUUACCUAUUUAUUUUGGUCAGUCAUAUUAUUGACAAAUGUGGUCACGAUUGUGUCUCCAUUUCUGAAAUUGGUAACAACUGCAUCCUAUCGUGAAAUGAUUAAAAAUGGUACUGAGCCUUACCCCCAAAUUUUGAGUUCAUGGUUUCCAUUUGACAAAACAAAAUUGCCAGGAUAUUUAGUGGCAGUUGCGGUCCACGUUACAAUGACAACUCAGGGCGCUGGAGUUGUUGCAGUUUAUGACACCAAUGCCGUUGCUAUUAUGUCAUUUUUAAAAGGGCAAAUUCAAAUUUUGCGGUGCAAGUGUCAGAUAAUUUUCGGAGAAGAGAAAAGAGUUUCAAAUGAAGAUGUUUUGAAUAAUAUAAAGGAAUGCCAUCGAUUGCACAAUUUUAUAAUCGAGCAAUAUAAGACAUUCAACUCAAUUAUUUCGCCGGUGAUGUUCAUAUACGUACUUGUUUGUUCUAUUAUGAUUUGCUGCAGCGUCGUGCAAUUAAGUUUGGGUGAAGUGACGAUGUCACAAAAGUUGUGGGUGAUUGAAUACACCACAGCAUUGGCAGUACAACUUUUCUUGUACUGUUGGCACAGUAAUGAAAUCGCUUAUGAGAGUAAUGCAGUUGAUCUCGGCGUUUACACGAGUAACUGGUGGAGAUCUGAUGUUCGAGUUCGCAAACAAGUGUUGAUUCUUGCUGGAAAGUUGUCAUCCCCGUUCAUAUUAGAUGCGGGACCAUUUGCAACAUUCUCUAUGUCUACUUUUAUCGACAUCUUGAAGGGAUCAUACAGUUUUUACACUUUAUUCACUCAAAUGCAUGAAAGUAAAAAAUAA